GAUGAAAACAAAAUAAAAAUUCUUUCAUGGAAAACAUGUGAUACAAUCUGAUGAUAAUUAUAAGAGAAAGGAUAAAAGAAAUGACGUAGUUUCAAAGUUCGAAGUUCCUUUUUAAAAUAAAUCAGUAUUUGCCAAUUGAAACGAUGCAUUUGAGCGCUAAGUUUUUCGGUUAUGUGAAACUGAAACUAGAUUCAUUCAUAAAUAAACAGAAUAGUUGUUGAUUGUAAUGAAUUGGCUAGCUUCAUUAUUACUUCAUUUUAUAUUAAUCCUUCAUCAAAUUUUGUUGUACAUUGAAACAGAAUAAUAAUCGAUAUUUAAUUCAAUAAAAAAUUAUCUUAUGUUGAAAAAUUUGGAAAACAACGAUGGUUAACUUAAAUGAACGAUCCAUUAGCCUGCUUCAUAAUAUAAUCUCAUGUUAUUUUAAAAAAAGAAGAAAAACUAAAAGUAGUAAUUCAUUGAACAGAAAUUUAUACUUUUAUCAAAGUUUGAGAAAAUAUAAUCAAUUGCGAACUUUAUACCACCAACAUCGCAUUUUAUUUAUGAAAUCACUAAUCAACACUGGUUGUUUCUUACAUCAUCGAAAGUACUUUAAUAAAUGGUGGGAGAAAAUUCAAAAUUUUACUGAUGACCAAUGGUUGAAAUAUUUAAGAAUGAGAAAAGAAACUUUUGCUCUUUUAGUUAGUCACAUAAAUCCUUAUCUCCAAAAAUCAAGCAAAUUUGAAGUAUCUGUUGAAAAGCAAAUAGCUUUAGCUCUGAUUUUCUUAUCAUCAGGUAAAAGUUACAGAUACUUAAGUCGUUUAUUUUCAGUAUCGAAAAUCGAUAUCCAAACAAUUGUGACAAAUGUCUGUUCUGCCAUAAAACACCUUAUGCCAAAAUAUUUAAAAAUUCCUUCUUCCACAGAACUUAAAAAGAACAUCUCAGAUUUCCAAGCUAUAUGGGGAUUUCCACAGUGUGCUGGCGUACUCGGUAGCAUGCAUAUUCCUUUAAAUAUAUCCCAUUUACCGCAUAAUGCUGUUGAUUAUUUCAACAGCAAUUCUGACUAUUCAAUGUUAUUGCAAUGUAUAGUUGAUGCUAACUAUAAAUUUUGGGACAUAAAUGUUGGCUGGCCAGGCAAUGUUCCAGAAUCUAGAAUUUUAACCAACUCAACUCUGUGGUUGAGGGGUCAAGAUCGAAAACUUUUCCCAGAAGACAGUCAAAACCCUCGGGUAAUUGAUGUUCCAUUAUACAUUCUCGCAGGGGCAGCCUAUCCGCUAUCCCAUUGGAUAUUAAAACCGUUUUUGAAUGACCCAGAAUCUGAUAAAGAGAAAGCUUUCAAUGAGAAAUUCACCUUCGCAUAUAAUGUAUGUGAGAUUGCAAUGAAACGGUUAAAAGCUAGAUGGAAUUGCCUUGUUAAACGAAAUAUACACAAUGUUGAAACCUUACCUAGUGCUAUUGCUGCAUGUUGUAUUCUGCACAAUUUUUGUGAAAUAAAUCAAGAGCCUAUACUAGAUAAAUGGAUUUUAGAAACAGAAAGUUUUUUUAAACAGCCCGUUCCUUCUGUUUGUUCCACUGUUAUAGGUCCUCAGGCUGAAACCAUUCGCCACACAGUCUGUGAAUAUGUAUCCGAAUGUCCAGUAAACGAUGUCUAGAAGUCUUAUAUUUAUUUAAGAAUACUAGACAUUAAAGAAUUAUUCAUAAUGUUAAUAUGUAAUUUUUCUUGUUGGUAUUUUUCUGUUGUAAUAGCAUUACCAUUCAUCUUUUGAAAUAUAUUGCAAAUUUUAAAAAUUGAUCAUUGAAUUUCACUUUUGCAUGCAAUGUAUAUGAAUUUGGGCUGAAAUAAAAGCUAAGUAGAAUUGCCUUGUUAAACAAAAUAUCUACAAUGUUGGAAGUUCUAUCUAAAGCUAUUGCUGCGUGUUGUACUGUUCACAUUUUUUUUAAAUAAAUCAAGACCCUUUAUUAGAUAAAAUGAUUUUAGAAACAGAAAGUUUUUUUUUUAAAUAACCUGUUCCUUCUAUUGUUCAACUGUUAUAGGUUUUCAAGCUGAAAACAUUCACCAUACAGUCAGUGAAUAUGUAUCCGAAAGUCCAGUAAACAAUGUCUAGAAUUAAUAUAUUUUUUAGGAAUGCUAGACAUUAAAUAAUUAUGUGUAAUUUAAUUAUUUUGUAUUAAAAUAGCAUUACCAUUCAUCGUUUAUCUUUUAAAAUAUAUAGUAAGUUUUAAAAAUUAAACAUUGAAAUUCACUUUUGCAUGCCAUGUAUGUGAAAUUGUGUUGAAAUGAAUCAAGGCCCUUUAUUAAAUAAAUGGAUUUUAGAGACCCAAAGUUUUGUUAAACAACUUGUUUUUCUCAUCUGUUAUAUGGCCUCAAGCUGAAAACAUUCAUCAUGCAGUCUGUGAAUAUUCAUUCGAGUGUCUAGUAGAACUAUGUCUGGAAUUCUUAUAUUUGAUAUUCAUUGAAUAAUUAUUAGUAAUUUUUAAGUGUAUUUUCUUAUUAAUGCAAUAAUUAUAAUUCAUCUUUUUAUGUAGUACAUAUGUUUUAAAAUAUGUAGUUGGGUAGAAAUAAAUUUUGAAGUAAUAUACUUUUGUGUCAAUGUAUGGGAGAUAGGACAGAAAUGGUCAAAAGCCAGAUGGAUUUGCCCUUUUACAUGAAAUAUUCAUAAUGUUGAGGUUUUAUCUUGUGCAAUAUCUGCAUGUUGUAUUCUUCAUAAUAUUUGAGAAAUAAAUUAUAACUUAUAUUAGAUAAAUAGA